AUGAGUGCAGACAAAUCUGACAUUAAAGAAAAUAUUGAACUAGAAUAUGAUGUUAACAAAGGUACCGUGUUGUCCAAAAUUAAUUCUCAUGAUGAAAUUUCAUUUAGUGAAUCUGAUUUAAACAAGAAUCAAAAUCAAUUUGAUGAAGAAAGAAUUGUGGCAUAUUUUGAAACAUUAAGUGAUGAAUCUAUUCAACAUUUAUUAACCAAAACUGGUCAUGGUAAUGAUAUAAAUCAUGAUAACAAAGAUGAUUUGACAUUUGAUUUGAAAUUUAUUUUGGAUAAAAUUAUUGAUAUGACCAAUGUGAGAGUUUUAAAUAUUUUUAAACAAAUUUAUGAAGAUCAUGAAGGUGAUGCAAAUUUCCCAAUUUAUGAUUGGAAUUUUAUUGAAUCUGUUAUUAAUAAUGAUAUUAAUAUCGAGGAAAACUCACAAAUUAAUUUUGAAGCAAAAUUAUCAGCUGUAUUAAUUCAUUAUCAUUCUCCUUAUCCAGAAGUUAGAGCUGUUACCGAUUUGGUUAAUGAUCCAAAUGAACCAAUUGAAACUAUUAGAUCCUGGACAUUAGCUAUUAUCUGGUUGACUAUUCAAAGUGGUAUUAAAGAAUUUUUCGCUCAUAGAUUUCCUUCAAUUUCUUUAAGUAAUAGUGUUGUUUCUAUCUUAUUAUAUGCAUCUGGUAAAUUAUGGGAAUAUAUUAUUCCAAAUGUCACAAUUAAUUUCUUCGGUAAGAAAUUACAAACAAAUCCUGGUCCUUAUUUUUUUAAAGAGCAAAUGUUUGCUUCUUUAAUGACAAGUGUUGCUGCAGCUAAUGUUUAUGUUUCAUAUAAUAUUGUUACUCAAGUUAAAUUUUAUCAUCAAAAUUGGUUAACUUUUGGUUUCCAAUUUCUUUUAGUUAUGUCAACUCAAUUAAUGGGACUUUCAUUUGCUGGAAUUUUGAGAAAAUUUGUUAUUUACCCAGUUAGAUCAAUGUGGCCAACUAUUUUACCAUCAAUUGCUUUGAAUCGUGCAUUAUUAAAACCCGAAAGAAAGGAAAAUAUAAAUGGAUGGAAAAUUUCCAAAUUCAAAUUUUUUUGGACAGCUUUUGGCUCAAUGUUUAUAUAUUUUUGGCUUCCAAAUUUUUUAUUUCAAGCUUUAUCAACUUUUAGUUGGAUUACAUGGAUUUCACCAAAUAAUUUUAAUCUUACAACAAUCACUGGGUUCAAUAGUGGAUUAGGGUUGAAUCCAGUUGCAACAUUUGAUUGGAAUAUCAUUACUAGUUUAAUUUCACCUUUGGUGCUACCAUUCUAUGUUAGUGUUAAUAUUUUUGCUGGUAUGUUUAUUUCAUUUUUCGCUAUUGUUGGUAUUUAUUAUUCAAAUUACAAAUGGUCAGGUUAUUUACCUAUUAAUUCAAAUGGUAUUUUCACCAAUGAAGGUACUUCAUUCAAAGUUGAAAAAGUUUUAACUAAUGGAUUAUUAGAUAAUGAAAAAUAUCAAAAUUAUUCACCACCAUUCUACACAGCUGGUAAUAUUGUUCUUUAUAGCGCAUUUUUCAUGUUUUAUCCAUUUGCAUUUUUAUACAAUACAGCUAAAGAAUGGAAAACAAUUCAUUUUGCAUUAUCACUAAUGUAUGAAAAUGCUAAAGAAACUGUUCAAUCAAUUAAAAAUCGUGAAAUGUUCAAAAGAAAGAAAACCACCAAUGAAAUUGAUCAAUCUAAAAAUCUUGCAAGUUCAACUUUAGCAAAAUAUAAUGAUCCACAUUCUAAAAUGAUGGCACAAUAUAAAGAAGUUCCAGAUUCAUAUUAUUGGGGAAUUCUAAUAUUUUCCUUAUUUUUAGCUAUUCUUUGUGUUAAAGUUUAUCCAGAUACAAAAACACCAGUUUGGGGUAUUUUCUUUACUGUUGGUAUUAAUUUUGCCUUUUUGGUUCCAUUAUGUAUUUUACUUUCAGUUACAGGUCAACAAGUGGGAUUAAAUGUUCUUGUUGAAUUGAUUGUUGGUUAUGCCUUGCCAGGUAAUGGUGUUGCUAUGAUGACAUUAAAAGCACUUGGUUACAAUAUUGAUGGUCAAGCUGAUAAUUUUAUUUCAUGUCAAAAAUCUGCACAUUAUACAAGAGUCCCAAUUAGAGCUAUGUUUAGAGGUCAAUUAAUAGGUGUUGUUAUUCAAGCAUUUGUAUUUUUAGGUGUUGUUAAUUGGUCAUUGACAAAUAUUGAAGGUAUGUGUGAUCCAAAACAACCUCAAAAAUUUACUUGUGCUGGUGAACGUACAUUUUAUUCUUCAAGUGUUUUAUGGGGUGUUAUUGGUCCUAAAAAAGUUUUCAAUGGUCUUUAUCCAACAAUGAAAUAUGCUUUUUUAAUUGGGUUCUUGGUUGCAUUAUUAUUCAUUGCAAUUAGAUAUUUCAAGCCAAAGUUAUUACCAAAUAAUUUUGAACCAACAGUUUUCAUUACAGGUAUGAUAAAUUGGGCACCACAUAAUUUUUCUUAUAUUAUUUCAGCUAUGUAUUUUGCAUUUUUCUUUGCCUAUUAUAUCAAGAGAAAAUAUAUUGCAUGGUUUGAAAAAUAUAAUUAUGUUUUAUCUGCUGCCUUGGAUGCUGGUGUUGCAUUUUCAGCUGUUAUUAUUUUCUUUGCAGUUCAAUUUCAUCCUAAAUAUGUUGAUUGGUGGGGGAAUAACAUUGUAAAUAAAGGUAUUGAAGGUGGUGAAGGUCAAACUAGUUUAUAUGAUAUCACAUUAACUGAUAGAGGGUAUUUUGGUCCUGAACGUGGUCAUUUACCAUGA